AUGGCUCAUGAGUCUGAAGUACCAAGUCCAUUUUCGGACCCAGAAGAGCGACGAGUUCUUUUCGCUGCUCUCGACUCCUUCCGAAAAAUCACCCUGCCUUCAACCAAGCUCAUCCAUUGGCAAAUGCUCGCCGCCCCACCCUUCAACCUCCUCUCAGUCUUCGACCACGUCGAUGACGCUAUCGAUGCCAACGCCGAAAUCGGUUCCGAAAUGAUGAAUACAGCCCUCUUGUCCUUCGGCAUCGAUAACCUCAAGUCUACCACUGGUCUCGAGACGCCCGCAUCCUCUAGCUUCGGGAGCGCUGACGAGAAUGAGGCUCAGAGGCUGAUCGACUGGCGAAACACGGCCAAGCCUCCAGACAUCGACAAAGCGCGCUCCACGAUCCGCCAACUGUACCGCGACUGGUCGCACGAAGGCGCCGCCGAACGCAAAGCCUGCUACGAGCCUGUGAUCCAGGACGUCGUCAGAGCUUUCUGGCAUUCUCCUUCCAAGCACGAUGUAAAGAUCUUAGUCCCCGGCGCAGGUUUGGGGCGUCUAGUGUUCGAACUCUGUCGAAGAGGAUACACCGUUGAGGGCAAUGAGAUUUCCUACCAUCAACUCAUUGCGUCAAAUUGGGUGCUAAAUCAUACAGUCAAGGGACAGCAGUUCGAUUUGUAUCCAUUUGCGCUCGACUUUUCCAACGUGGUGAGUAGGGAACAUCAGUUGAAGAAGGUAAAGGUGCCGGAUGUGCAUCCUGGCAGUGCGCUUGAGGAUGUCUUCGGGCAUACGACGGCGAACGCUGCUGACCGGAUGAGUAUGACGGCUGCUGAUUUCGUAGUUCUGUAUGGAGACGAGGAACAUAAGGAUAUGUUCAAUGCUGUGGUUACGGUAUUUUUCAUCGAUACGGCUCCGAAUCUUAUCAGAUAUAUUGAGACUAUACGUAAUUGCUUGCAAGAUGGUGGAUUAUGGAUCAAUUUGGGGCCCUUGCUAUGGCAUUUUGCGGACAGAGCACCAUCGGAGGAAGAUCAUUCAAAGAGGGCUGAGGGGCCGCGAGAAAAGACCGGGAUCGAAGAGCCGGGAGCUUUCGAGUUGACGGACGAAGAAGUGCUGAUACUCGUUGAGAAAAUGGGCUUUGAUAUUGAGAAGCGUGAAAUUAGAAAUGGUGGAGUGGGGUAUAUCCAAAAUCCAGAGAGCAUGCUACAGAAUGUUUACAGAACCUCGCAUUGGAUUGCAAAGAAAAGACCCAGAAUCUAG